AUGACACAGGAAUCAUUGGAAAAUAACGGAAAUCAUGAACACAACUGUGACACGAUCCCUGAUUCAAUACCAAUUGCACCAGACAUCGCACAAGAGGCGGGGUCGGUGCCAAUCGAUAUCCCCGACCAAAAUGAGGAAAUAACUGAGCCUGGCCUUCACGAAGAAGCCGCCGCUAGCGGGUUGUCUGAUUUGGACCCCGAAAUACUGGCUGCUCUUGGAGAAUCCACGUCGGAAUCACCUGACUAUGGUGAAAACAUACAUGAGAAUUUAUCCAAAUUGUGGCUUCCUGUAUUAAGGAAAGGUUUGCCCAAAGAAAAUAAAGAGAAGUUGCUGAAAGACUACCCUAUUCCAGACAACUGUAGACUUCUGCAAGCGCCGAAACUAAAUGCAGAAAUAUCGGCUGCAAUACCGGACAUGGUUCGUAAUCGCGACAAAACGCUCACCGCAUCACAACAGCAGCUGGGUUCGGGUAUAACCGCUAUCAACCGAGGCAUUGAUUUGCUUCUAAAGAGUGACAACAAGGUCCAAGCGAUGAAGCAUCUCAGCAACGGUUGCAGACUCCUUUGCGAUUCACAUUAUACAGCGUAUCAAAGUAGAAUAAAACUUAUUACUCCCAGUUUAGAUAAAUCAUUUUUACAUAUGAUUAAUGAGUCCGAGCGGGACGAUUUCUUGUUUGGUUCAACAUUAUCGGAUAGGAUAAAGGCCGCUAAGGCCAUCGAGAAGCAGGGCCUUUCCAUUAAAAAACCUGUCAAGCCCCAUAAACCCACAGCUCUGCCGUCAAGCACUCGUUCUUCCUACCAGGGAAACUGGAACGCGCCUCCUCGGUACCCGGCGAACAGGGGGGGGCGCGGAGGUUACAACAGGAGGCUACCAACGACCUCAGGGCCUCGUCGCCCAUACACAGCGUCUGCACAGUCGCAGCGAACUGCUACCCAGGACAAGCCGCGUGCCCCCGCGCAGGCUCACCAUUAA